UUAUCAAUCAAGAGAUACUUACUAAGAAGAACAAAUAUACAAGAAAAGAAGAAACAGCAAAGAUUUGUGAUAAUAGAUGACUUUAACACAAACUUAAGUAGUCCUGCUAAACAAGAUAUGAAAGAAAAAUCUAAUGAAAAAAAAAAAAUAAUAGAGGAAUUAGAGACAAAAGGCUUUAUAGAUGGGUUCAAGAAAUCAAACCCAGAGAAGGAAUUAGCAACAUGGAGCAGCAAAAAUAUACAAUCAAGAAUUGAUACCAUAUGGGUGGAUAAACAUUAG